AUGCAUUCUAACCGCCCAGACCUUCUUUCCAUCGAGCCCUCGGCUUCCAAGCCCAGUUUGCUUUCCUCCUACUGGUCACUCAACGUCCAAGUCCAGGUUUGGGUACAACUCGGAAAUGCAUGGGCAACUUCAUAGCCUUGACCAUCACGGCAAAUUUUGAGUUCAAAGUACAUUUUCAUAUAUCCCAGAUUAGCCGGAUUGUCACGCGCUUUCUGUAUAUCAAUUUUCAACCAAUUUUUACGGACCCAAGGAUCAAUGAUUGAAUUAAAUUGACAAUUUUCGAUUUUUAUAUGAAAAAGACUUGAUGCUUUUAAUUCCCUGAAGCUUUAAUUGACGAGUUCUCAAGUAUUUUUAGAACAAUGAGCGGCUAGACUUGGACGUUAAAGGAAGCUCGCAAAUGUCUCUUCCCGAGGCGCACGUCGACGAACAACCAACUCAAUUGCGGACGACGAGGAGUUUAACAGGUCUCUUUUUGAGUCAGAAUAAAAAAACAGCUUUGAACUCAGUUUCAUGAAAAAUUCACAAUAGCAAAAAUUUGGAACUUAUCAAUGUAGCGAUCGUUAAAAAAAUGCACUAAAAACAGCUUUUUUUAAAAGCGAAUUUUUUUGCUUUUAGUAAAGAUUAGCAAACAGAUUCGAAAAAAAUUAGCAUUCUUUGUAAAUUUUGUUAUUUAAAAAAAGACAAUAUGUGCUUUAUGAACGGCUAAAGCGUAUGGCGGAUUUGAAAUUUUGAUUUCGGUCCAUACGGAAACAUCAACUUUUGUUAAAGAUUUUUUUCUAAACUAUGCGAUAGAACAUUUCUUUCUCAAGAAAAAAAGUUUUUAUCAAUUAAUUGAGCUGCCUGAAUAAAUACAAAAAGAUUGUCUGUAAAAAAACUUUAAAAAAAUUUCAAAAGAGUCGCGGUCAUGUUAGCCUCAACACUCCAGGCCAAACCUCGAUUUAAACUUGAAAUGUCGGAUCCGGACCGCACUCUUCAUUUGACAGUCUUGGGGCAGAGCCCCGCUGACCUAACAAGCGUCAUUCUUUUUAUACCCCCCUGUUGUUCUUCACCCGACUGGCCGCGGUUUUCGCCAUCGGUUGACCGCGAAGGCCGGCGCCCUUUUCCCCGCUGAAAGUUGAUCCUUUUCUCGACAGUUCAUGUACAAAUGCAGUAUUGUUAAAAUAUUAAAAAUGUAAUAAGAUAUUAUUUUUUUGAAAAAAAUAGAACAAGUUCAAGUUCCUACAAAAAAAUUAAAAGAGAAAGGAAACAAAGAGACCUCAAAGCCGCGCCUUUUUUCGAAAAACGGCUCAAUUUUUCAAAUAAUUUCCUGGGGUUUUAACGGCCUUGCGCAGUUUUUUUGAAGUUUUUGUAAGUUAAAAGUCUUUUAAUUAUUUUUCUUGAAACCAAGGGAAGGGGUGUGGUCCGUUAAAACUUGAAAAAAAUUUGAGUUCAGAAAAAUCAAAUAAUCAGGUAGAGUUUGCUGUGGGGAUUUCAAACAUUUGCUUAAAAAUCUCUUGAAAUUCUUUCCUUUUUGAGAAAUUUUUUUUAUAGUUUUAAAAAUUUAAUGCUUUCUACUCACGCUACUAUAGGUUAUAUAAACCAACAAAAAAAAAUAAAUUCGUAGGCUCUUGUAGACAGAACAUAUGAAACGAUGAAAAAAACGGAAAGUAGUUCGAAUUUAGGAUUAGAAAUUAUUCAGAAACUGAACGGUCUGCAAACACCGUCAAAAAAAAUUUCUGACCUACCUUUCAACGCUUUUUCUUUAAUAACUAAAAAGAUCCUUGAACUUUUGAGAAGAUAUUCAGAAGGCAUUAGUCAUCAAGAAAUUUCAACCCUCUGAAAAUUUUCACUGCCCAUAUGCUUUCAAAGGAAAUUUUUUUCGGGGUUUCUAAUCAUUCUUUCGAGAGCCAGGUGUUUUUAUAACCAUGUGGAAUGAUUAAAAAUUUUGCUCCAGAGACGUAAAGCGUUUUUUUCAUUUUAAAAACGAAUUUUUUUCGGAAAAAUCUUUUCAAAAGACUAAAAAAACUUUUUCAAAAUUACGCAGGGAAAAAAACUUCCAACUAAACUUUUUUUACAUUUCAGACAUUUCGGGCAAUUGUGAACGAGAAGAAGACUUUGAGGAGCAGACAAAGACCCAACCUCCGCCUCAAACCAAAGACAAUGCUUCUUGUCGUGUUGCGGACUGGCUCACCAAACUCAACGUUAGUAAAUGA